GUGUGGAGAGUGGAGAGACAAGGCAGCCUCUGUCUCCUGCAGCCGGAGGGAGCCCAGCGCUCAGCAGUGCAGAGCUAGAGGAGAGCAGUGGGUCUGCAGUACGAAGCAAGCAGGCAGGGCUGGAGCACCGGUGCUUUAGGACUGAAGUAGGGCUACAGGGGGAACCUGGGCUAACCAAACCUGGACUGGACUAGGCUGUAGCUGGGCUUUCCUGAACUUAGCUCUAUUAGGCUAGUCCAAGGUCCAGACUGCUAGGGACAGUUGGCCAGAGCUGGGUGGUGAUCCCAAGGCAGAGGGCUCUGUCUGGGGGUGACGUGGUUGGGUACCUGGGUAUGGGCUGCUCGGCCAGCUUGGUGCUCCUCCAGGCCCUGCGUUCCGUGGGUCGGGCCAACUGUGCCCGCAUGUGCUCCCGCCAGGACCAGCUAUCCCCGGAUGUCCUGCCGCCCGGCGAGGGCCACGCCACCUCCGGGGGAAGUAGAGCCCUCACCAUCAUCGUUAUGCAGGAGAAACCCAAGCUGAUAGACCCUCUGGACUAUGAGGCUGUGAUCUGUGACCUGGGAGAUGAGCUGAAGGAAGACCCCCUCCGAGAGCUGCUUCUCUUCCCCGACAAUGAUUUCACGGUGUUCACAGUGCCUCUGGAGAGACGGACACUGCAGUCCACCGUGCCCCAGGGGGCCGAGCUCCAGGCCGAGUGUCUGCUGGUCAGACAGGCCUGCGAGUACUACAACUCCCAACUACACGUGGUCCAUUACAAAUAUGAUGAGUACGCAGGAGAUUACCGGCUACUUCCCAGGAAGCUGUACAAGGCGGAGAAGUUGCCCUCCCACUCCUUUGAGAUUGAUCAUGAAGACGUGGACAAGGAUGAGGACACAACGUCUUUGUCCUCGUCCAAAGGAGGGUGUGGAGGAGGAGGAGGGAUCGGUGUGUUCCGAUCGGGAUGGCUCUAUAAAGGGAACUUCAAUAGCACUGUCAACAACAGCAUCACUGUUCGGUCGUUCAAGAGGAGGUACUUCCAGCUGACACAGCUGACUGAUAACUCCUACAUCAUGAACUUUUACAAAGAUGAGAAGAUCUCCAAAGAACCCAAGGGCUGCAUCUUCCUGGACUCGUGUACCGGUGUGGUUCAGAACAACCGUCUGAGGAAGUAUGCCUUUGAGCUGAAGAUGAACGAGGUGACGUACUUCGUGCUGGCGGCGGAGAGCGAGCAGGACAUGGAGGAGUGGAUCAGUACCUUGACCCGGAUCCUCCAGAUCAGCCCCAACGACGGCCCCACCCCACUGACGCAGCUGGACCGUAAGAAUGUAGACCUCAUCGACACACGGCAAGACGUCUGUGAUCUGUCUCUAAGCGACAUGUGUUUACCUGAGAAUGAAGAGGUGACCGAGAACGGCAUCAACCCUGAGCUGGCCAAGUAUUUCUCUGAAACUGAGGAGGUGGUCCGAUCGGCCAGAAGAGAAGAGAGGCUCAACCUGUUCUCCCUGGACCCUGACACCCCGGUGUUGAGGAGUCCGCGUGAGGAGUACCCUAGGGGUGAGGGCCUCCCAAUCCGUCCCUUCGAGGAGAAGCUGGGGAGGAGACUGAUGAUCGCCUGUGGAUCCCUCAACCUGACGCUGCAGGGCUGCAUCAAUGAGACUGAGACUGGUCCGGUCACCAAUAUUGAGCCCUUCUUUGUGACUGUGGCCCUGCUGGAUGUGCGUGAGGGAAGGAAGGUGUCGGCCGACUUCCAUGUUGACCUGAACCACGAGACGGUGCGUCAGAUGCUGGGUGGGGCUGGGUCGGGAGGGCCCGGGGCGGGGCAGGAGAAUGGCCUGAGCUCCCCUGGAGACUGUCAUCUCAGCCUGGACCUGGACGACUGGCUCCGCUUCCCCAAACAGGCCAUCUUCUCUGUGACAAACCCCCACACGGACAUUGUUCUAGUGGCGAGGGUGGAGAAGGUGCUGAUGGGAAAUAUCGCCGUGGGAACAGAGCCGUACAUCAAAAACACAGACUCCAGCAAGACGGUUCAGAAGAUGCUGAAAUCCAACAAGCAGUUCUGCAGUAAACUGGGGAAGUACCACAUGCCCUUUGCCUGGUCCAUCAGGUCUGUGUUUAAGGACAAUCAGGGGACGGUGGACCGGGAGUCUCGCUUCUCGCCCCUCUUCAAACAGGAGAGCAACAAGAUCUCCACCGAAGAUCUCAUCAAGCUGGUGUCUGAAUUACGCAGGGCUGAGAAGACCAGUAAACUGCAGACCAUUCCAGGGAACCUGGACAUCACAGUGGACUAUGUCCCUAUGGAGCAUCCAAACUGUGUGACGUCAUCCUAUGUGCCUGUCAAGCCCUUCGAGGACUGCAGCCAGCACCAGGCCACCGUGGAGGUAGAGGAGUUUGUCCAGGACUCCACCAAGUUCACCCAGCCACACCACGUCUACAAGAACCACGUCUACAUCUACCCCCGACACCUCAAAUACGACAGCCAGAAGAGCUUCGCCAAGGCCCGUAACCUUGCAGUCUAUGUGGAGUUUCGGAGUUCAGAUGAGGAAGUUGCCAAACCUUUGAAGUGCAUAUACGGCAAGCCUGGGGGUCCAGUUUUCACCACAGCAGCCUGUUCGACAGUUCUUCACCACUCCCAGAACCCAGACUUCUAUGAUGAGGUGAAGAUUGAGUUGCCCACCCAGCUCCACGAGAAGCACCAUCUACUCUUCUCCUUCUACCAUGUGACCUGUGACAUCAACACCAAGACCAACUCCAAGAAGAAGGAGGCCCUGGAGACCCCAGUGGGCUACUCGUGGCUGCCUCUGCUCAGAGAGGGUCGCCUGGCCUCACAGGAUUUCAACAUCCCUGUGGCCUGUAGCCUGCCCUCUGGAUACCUGCUCGUCAAAGAACCUGGAUCGACUAAGAACGGCUCAGAUCUGAAGUGGGUGGACGGAGGUAAGCCCAUAUUCAAGGUCUCCACCAACGUCCUCUCCACAGUCUAUACUCAGGACCCCCACCUGAACCGCUUCUUCCAACAGUGCCAAAAACGAGACACGGACCUCUCCCAAUCACCUACCUCAAACUUCCUCAACUGCCUAAAGGGCUUACUGAGCAUUGAGAAGAUUCCAGUGAUAAUUCGCUUCCUGCCCGUGCUCUUCAACCAGCUGUUCAAGGUCCUCACCCAGAACGACAACGACGAAGUCACCACCACCACCACCAGGGUGCUGAUCCACAUCGUUGCCAAGUGCCAUGAAGAAAAACUUGACCACUACCUGCACUCCUACAUAAAGUUUGUGUUCAAGGCGGAGUCGCAUGGCUUCCGGACGGUCCACGAGGAGCUGGCCAAGGGCAUGUCCUCUGACCUGAAGAGCAACGAGCAGCUGGCCAUCAGGAACAUCCUCAGGUUUUCCUGGUUCUUUUUCGAGCUCAUUGUCAAGUCCAUGGCCCAGCAUCUAGUGGACUCCGACAAUGUCAAGCUCCCUCGACCACAGAGGUUCCCUUCAACCUACCUGAGUCGUCUGGAGAGCCUAGUCAUGACCGUGUCCGACCACAUCUUCUGGAAGAACAAAGAGCUGGCAGAGGAAACCCGCAGUGCCAACCUGGCCGUGGCAGCCUUUGUCAAGCGUUGCUUCACCCUCAUGGACCGAGGGUUCACCUUCAAGCUGAUCAGCAACUACGUCAACAUGAUCACAGCCACUGACAACAAGGUGCUGUGUGAGUUCAAGUUUGAGUUCCUGCGAGAGGUGUGCAACCACGAGCACUACAUCCCUCUCAGUCUGCCCCUCCCCUCUGCUCACAUCACAGACAAUGCAUCACAAGAAAUGCAAAGUGCCCAGGUGGAUGUGCCGGAGUACAGCCUGACGGGCGAGUUCUGCCGGAAGCACUUCCUGACGGGCUUGUUGCUACGGGAACUGGGCCUGGCGUUGCAGGAUGAGCAGGACCUGCGCCACCUGGCCCUCGCCAGCCUCAAGAACCUGAUGGCAAAGCACUCGAUGGAUGCCCGCUAUGCCAUGAAGGAUAAGCAGGCGAGGAUAGCGUCCCUCUACCUGCCUCUGUACGGCCUCAUCCUGGACAACAUGCCUCGCUUCUUCCUUCGAGACCUCUUCCCCAUCUACUUCACCUCCAGUGACCAAGGUUCAAGAGAUGACCUGAGUGUGGGAGUGGGCGUGGCAGGUCCGGUGGCUCACGUCAUUCGCCAUGGUAACUCGGUGGAUGCCUCCUUUUCCAAAGAAGUGCUCAACUCUAUCACAGCCUUCUCCUCCCUGGCUGUUUCCACGGGUAACCAUGCCGACUCACGGGGUUCUCUGAUCAGCAUAGAGUCCAACCCCAGCACCAGUGACAGGAACAGCGAGAAGAUGGAUGGAUGUGAAAAGUUUGCCCGGCCUCAGUCUCUGAUAGGCUUUGGAUCUCGCUUUGACAAGCUGGACCAGGCCGAGACUCGCAGUCUGCUCAUGUGUUUCCUCCACAUCAUGAAGACCAUAUCGGAGGAGGUGAUGGUUUCCUAUUGGCACCGAGCCAUACACCAGGAGAUCUCCGACUUCUUCAACAUCCUGGAGCUGUGUCUCCAGCACUUUAGAUUCCUGGGGAAGCGCCACAUAGCCAGGAAGCUAGCGGCCGUGGUAAAGCUGGCCCAGGGCACCCAGAACAAUGGCACCCUGAAGGGCUCUAACCAUUCCACCCAGUCCUCCACAGGCCUGCUCCCUCAAUGGAUGCUGUCAGGACAGGAUGGCCAUCGGCACGCCCGCUCCCAGACAAUGCCCAUCAUCCGGGCCAAGAACGCCCUGACCAACCCCAAGCUGCUGCAGAUGAUGGAGACUGAUGGGAACAUCCCAGAGGGUGACCACCUGAGCCCGACGGACAUCGAGGCCAAUCUGUCCACCGAGGUGGCCCUCAUCGUACUGGAUGUCCUGGGCCUCUUUGUCCAUCACCACAAGAAACAGUUACUGCAGGACGAGGGUCAGAACCUGCUGAUGAAGAAGGUGUUCGACACCUACCUCCUCUUCUUCCAGAUCAAUCAGUCCACCAGCACCCUGAGACAUGUCUUCGCUGCCCUGCGCCUCUUCAUACAGAAGUUCCCCUCUGCGUUCUUCCAGGGUAAAGCGGACCUGUGUGGCUGCCUGUGCUACGAGAUCCUGAAGUGUUGUAACCACCGCUCCAGCUCCACCCAGACUGAGGCCUCCGCACUCCUCUACUUCUUCAUGAGGAAAAACUUUGAGUUCACCAAGGGAAAGUCCAUUGUCCGCUCCCACCUACAGCUGAUCAAGGCAGUGAGUCAGCUGAUUGCGGAUGCUGGCAUCGGAGGCUCGCGCUUCCAACAGUCUCUGGCCAUCAUCAAUAACUUUGCCAACGGAGAUGCUCCACUCAAGAACACACCGCUCCCUGCCGAGGUGAAAGACUUGACCAAGCGGAUCCGCACGGUGCUGAUGGCCACGUCCCAGAUGAAGGAGCACGAGAAGGACCCGGAGAUGCUGGUGGACCUGCAGUACAGCCUGGCCAACUCCUACGCCAGCACCCCCGAGCUCCGGCGCACCUGGCUGGAGAGCAUGGCCAAGAUACACGUCCGCAACGGAGACCUCUCCGAGGCGGCCAUGUGUUACAUCCACAUCUCAGCCCUGAUCGCUGAGUCCCUCAAGAGGAGAGGCUACUGGAAACUUGACAAGGCCAGGAUGUCAAGUGUGGUUCCUGAGGAGCCCAAUGUCAUUAACUGUAGCCCCUUACUAACCCCCCGAGAUGGAGAAACGACCUUCUCCAUGGGCUGGGCGGCCUUCCUGUGCAUCUCACCGAACGUGAAGGAAGAGGGGGCCAUGAAAGAGGACACCGGGACUCAGGAUACCCCCUACACUGAGGACACUCUAGUGGAGCAGCUGGAGCUGUGUGUGGACUACCUGUGGAAGUCUGAGAGGCACGAGCUCAUCGCCGAUAUCAACAAACCCGUCAUCGCUGUCUUUGAGAAGAGGCGAGAUUUCAAGAGGCUAUCGGAGCUGUACUACGACAUUCACCGCUCCUACCUGAAGGUGACAGAGGUCGUGAACUCUGAGAAGCGUCUGUUUGGCCGAUACUACCGCGUGGCGUUCUACGGACUGGGGUUCUUUGAGGAGGAGGAGAGUAAAGAGUUCAUCUAUAAGGAGCCUAAGCUGACAGGACUGUCCGAGAUCUCCCAGAGGCUCCUCAAACUCUACUCAGACAAGUUUGGGACCGACAACGUCAAGAUGAUCCAGGACUCCAACAAGGUAAAUCCUAAAGACCUGGACCCCAAGUACGCCUACAUUCAGGUGACCUACGUAGUGCCCUACUUCGACGACAAGGAGCAGCAGGAGAAGAAGACGGACUUUGAGCGACACCACAACAUCAAUCGCUUCGUGUUCGAGACGCCUUUCACUCUGUCGGGGAAGAAACAUGGCGACGUGGAGGAGCAGUGCAAGAGACGCACCAUACUAACAACGAACUCCACCUUCCCCUACCUGAAAAAGCGUAUCCAGGUGGUGGAGCAGCAGAGCACGGAGAUGAACCCCAUCGAGGUGGCCAUCGACGAGAUGUCCUGCAAGGUGUCCGAGCUCAACCAGCUGUGUGCCACGGCAGAGGUUGACAUGAUCCGGCUGCAGCUCAAACUGCAGGGUAGCGUCAGCGUCAAGGUCAAUGCAGGGCCCAUGGCCUAUGCCCGAGCCUUCCUGGAAGAGAAAAAUGCCAAGAGGUACCCUGACAACCAAGUCAAACUGCUCAAGGAGAUUUUCAGGCAGUUUGCAGAGGCGUGCGGCCAGGCGCUGGAUGUCAACGAACGGCUGAUCAAGGAGGACCAGCUGGAGUACCAGGAGGAGAUGAGAGCCCACUACAGGGACAUGCUCACAGAGCUCUCCACCGUCAUGAAUGAGCAGAUCCCUCACACAAGACCACCAGGAACAGAACGACACAGCGCCUUCUGAGCAGCCAAUAGGCAUGCUGGAAUCUGACAGUGCCCAGGAGGACAUGUUUACCCAAAAUGGCUCCUGGUGACAGACGUCGUUCUUCCUCCUGCCAGGAAUUAUACAGAAAGGAGCAGGGGACUGGAACUGUGACUUUAUGGGAACUGAGGCAAAAAGGGAAGUGGAUGGGGAAGUCCAGAAGUCUGUAGACUUUGGUCGUGGUAGUCUGGAGUUGUGGUAGUCUGGCGUCCCGGUAGUCUGCAGUCCUGGUGAUGUUCAGUAGAACAGGCUGCUGUACUGUUACUUUGUUUUGUUUUUAAGGCUCAAUCCAUGUUUGCACUCCCCUGCCGACCACCUCGUCUCCUUACUCUGUACACACACACCCAGACAACACACGCCUUCUCUCCCCAGCCCCAUCCCUUUAGAAAUUUGUGACCUUAAUGAGCUUGAGGUGCGUUCAACAGACAAAAGUUUGCUUGUAAUCCUGGUCACAACAAUUUGUCCAUAUUCUGUUGGUUAUAUUUAUGCUGCAAAUGUUUGCCACCUGGGGUAAGCAAUUCCAAAAGCUAUUGUAAAAUGACAGUUCAAGGAAUUCUAUAAAGGAAAUUAGGGUCACGUUCAGUAGCCAAACAUUGUUGAAUGAUGCAGAUAGAAAUACUAUGGAUUCAGCCAACAUGAAUCCUUCUAUAAGGCAGAGAGACAUGUUUUAUUCCACAUCAUUUAUUUAUUUCGGAAUAUUCCACAACGUUGUGUCCUGCUGAACAAAUUGACAUGUAGCCUACUUCUUGUUUGAUUGAACACACCUCGAGUUCCUGUUUGAAUGUAGAACAACUCCGCAUAGCUACUUUGUAUCCUAACAUUCUGGAAUUCCCAGCUCCCAAAUUUUCGAAUUGAAAGUUUGUUUUAUAACAUUUUUAUGAUUGAUGAUGUUGUUAUUAUUAUUUACUGUACUGUUUUAAAUUGUAAAUAAGAAUUAUUAAUAUUUAAAAAAAUAUAUGAUUUUUUGUUUGGCUAAACUAAUGUUUUAUGUAUAACAUUUAAAUAAAAUUUGUUAACGUCCAUAAACCACAGGGUAAGUGAA